AUGAGGUCAAGGCAUUACGCUCGAGACCAACCUGGGCCUGAAACUUCGGAUGCGGUACCUUUGUCUCUCAAAUCGACGCUUUCAACACCCUGGGACUUCCUUCGUCCGACCAAAAAGUUACGUACCAGCAUAUUAGACAGCGCAAAAGUCUUCCUCGAUCCUCUUGCGGUUUCGGUCAGUGAUUCUCAAGCUACCCGCCAGCGAAAUGUUCGAAAACGGAAGCGCCCAGACGAAGAUCGAGACGCUGUAUUUAUUUUGCGGCUGAAACAAUUAUAUGUGGAUGGCUUUACGUCGGAUCAAAUUUGGGAGCAGGCUCUACGUAUUUUCGAUUCAACAGACCAAGAAAUCCAGCGCGACUACGCAACUUGGGUCCAUUAUGUACAUCAGUCUGUCGCUGAACUACCGGAACGUGCAUUGCAUCUCGACAGCUCAUCUCAGGAUGACGUAGAGGUUGAAAAUGCUAAUUCCAUUAGUGGCAUGAGCUCUAUCACUGAUGGAUAUAGCGUUGACGGAAAAAUUGUUGAAGAAGAUCAAUUUGAUGCCGAAAGCGACAAGUCGUCUCAAGGCUAUUUGGAUCAGAGCGACAAUGAAGAAGAUGGCCCUGAUGGAAGCUCGGAUGACGAUCAGGAUGGCGGCACGUAUGUGGAAGACCGAUUUGGAUUGAAUGAUGGUUUUUUCUCUAUUGACGAUUUCAAUAAACAAACUGAGCUAUUUGAACGGCAAAAUGCUCGAGGUGACUUGGAUGCCGAAAGCGACGAUGACGAAAUCAACUGGGAUGCCGAUCCUCUUGGUGCAGAAAACUUGAAUCUUUCUUCACGGACAAGAGUUGAUAGGGCUGGCGACGGCAUGGACCAGAGUGUUGACGAAGAGGAAGAAGAAGGCCCGACUUUCGACGAUAUGGGUGCUCAUGAUGAAUCGGAUAUAGAUGAAGACGAUUCUCGCGCCACGGCUCUCGGGGGAUCAGGUUUUUUUAACACGAGCGACAUCAUGUACGCUGACUUCUUUGAACCUCCACCCCGGAAAUCGUCGACCAAAAAGUCGCGCCCACUCCCGAAAACGCAGCCACGUGGCGGAAUCUCUGACGGUGACAUUGCCCGUGCAAUGGCUGAUGUUCGCCGCGACUUAUUUGACGAUGAAGUAUCAGCUGAUGGUAGUGAAAAUGAGCCGAGCGACACCCAGGCUCACGCGUCAACCCACGAGAAACAGCGCGCACGCAUUUCAGACGAAAUUCGACGGUUAGAGGCUGCUAAUGUGGCGAAGAAAGAAUGGGUGGUCGCUGGAGAAGCUAGGGCAGCUGAAAGGCCCACUAAUUCACUCAUAGAAGAGGACUUGGAUUUUGAAAGAAUUGGCAAACCGGUGCCAGUCGUAACAACGGACUUGUCUGAGAGCAUUGAGGAGUUGAUCAAGCGGCGAAUCAUCGCUAAGGAAUUUGACGAAGUCAUACGCCGCCGGCCGGGGCUGUCGGAUCGCCAGCAUACUCAAAGGUCUCCUGUUGAACUCGAGGAUAGCAAAUCACAGCAGGGCCUCGCGGAUCUAUACGAAGCAGAUCAUCUCCGGGCAACGGACUCAAAUUACGUCGACCCCAAAAACCAGAAGCUUUCAAAGGAGCGUACAGAAAUCGGUGACCUCUGGAGGGAGAUAAGCUCUCAGCUGGACACGCUUUCCAAUUGGCACUACAAACCGAAAGCGCCACAGGCCAGCAUAAAUGUUGUUACAGACGCUGCCACGAUUACAAUGGAAGAUGCUCAGCCCAACGCUAGUGGUGCCGUUCGCUCAUCGGCGACUCUUGCACCACAAGAAAUCUACGCACCAGGCGAGAACAGGAGGGACACUGGUGAGAUAGUAUUGAGGAAUGGGGUUCCAGUCACGAAGGAGGAAAUGACUCGAGAAGAAAAGGCAAAGCUGAAGCGCCGACAGAAGAAGCCGAGCCGCACCUCUGCUGAUUCCUCCAAUCAGCCUUCUAGAACGGCGGUUCAGAAACAGCAAAUUGUAUCAGACCUUAAAAAGGCAGGUGUCAAGUUGAUCGGGAAGGAGGGUGAUAUGACAGAUCUUAGUGGGAGUAAGGUUGCAGGCAUAGGCGGGAUUGGCGCUCAUGCGAUGAAGCUAUAA